AUUAAUGUAUUUAUCACUCUCAUAAUAAUUGGGAAGGAGUAAAAAACUGCAACGCAAGAUCAAACCCCAUACAUGGACUGACCGUUAGCCACACUUUCACCUAAUCCUCUCCCAUUUGAUUUUUCUUUAGGUAUUGGCUAUCUUCUUUCUUCUCUUCCCUCGUAUCGAUCUUCAUCAAGAAAAUGAGCUGGUGGUGGGCUGGAGCUAUUGGCGCUGCCAAGAAGAAAUUCGAGGAAGAUGAGCAACCGAGAGGCUUCCAGAGUGUGGGGCUGGUGAUUGGUGUGACUGGAAUCGUGGGCAACAGCCUAGCUGAAAUUCUCCCUCUCUCCGACACCCCAGGUGGGCCAUGGAAGGUCUACGGCGUGGCGCGCCGGCCGCGUCCCGACUGGAACGCCGACCACCCGAUUGAGUACAUCCAGUGCGACGUCUCGGAUCUGGAGGACACCCAGGCCAAGCUCUCUCCAUUGACCGAUGUCACCCACAUCUUCUACGUCACUUGGGUCAGCCGAUCGACAGAGGCCGAGAACUGCGAGGCCAACGGCGCCAUGUUUCGCAACGUGCUCCGUGCAGUGAUUCCGAACGCGCCGAAUCUCCGCCACGUUUGCCUCCAGACCGGGACCAAGCAGUACAUCGGACCCUUCGAGGCCUUCGGUAAGAUUCAACCCCACGAUCCUCCUUUCACGGAGGACCUGCCCCGAUUGGAGGUGUCGAAUUUCUAUUACACACUCGAAGAUGUUCUGUUCGAGGAGGCCGACAAAAAAGAGGGCUUGACUUGGUCCAUUCACAGACCAAACGUCAUAUUCGGGUUCUCGCCGUAUAGCUUGAUGAACCUCAUCGGCACCCUUUGCGUGUACGCCGCUAUAUGCAAGCACGAGCGGCUCCCCUUGAAAUUCCCCGGCACCAAAGCGGCAUGGGACUGUUACUCGGUGGCUUCGGAUGCGGAUCUUAUCGCCGAGCAGCAUAUAUGGGCGGCCGUGGAUCCGUAUGCUAGGAACGAAGCAUUUAACUGCAACAACGGGGACGUGUUCCGGUGGAAACACUUCUGGAAAGUGUUGGCCGAGCAAUUUGGGAUUGAGGAUUGUGGAUUUGAAGAGGGUGAGAAACUGAGCCUAGUGGAGAUGAUGAAGGGCAAGGAUGCUGUUUGGGAGGAGAUUGUAAGGGAGAAUCAACUGCAGCCUACGAAGUUGGAAGAAGUUGGGGUGUGGUGGUUUGUAGACCUGAUUCUGGGAGGGGAAUCUCUAAUCGAUAGCAUGAACAAGAGCAAAGAGCAUGGAUUCUUGGGGUUCAGGAACUCCAAGAAUUCCUUCAUUUCCUGGAUAGAUAAGAUGAAAAGCUACAAGAUUGUACCUUGAGAAAGUGAAGUGAACAGGCCAACGUUUCUGGGGUUCUGUCUUUCAUGUUUGUGAAUUGAAUGUUCUGCUGGUGAUGUUCUUUAAUAAUAAAAGCAUGAACGAAAACAGUAUUGUAUUGCAUUUUAUGGAUCAAGAUUAAUCAAUGAACUCCUGUGUUGUUCUGCAUUUUCUUGUAA